ACACGGUAAUAUAACAACAUUUAUAUAAAAUGAAGUCUCUAGCAUAUUUCAUGAUAAUCAGCAUAUUCCACAUACCACAAAUAUAUACUCAACAAACGCCAGGUAUUAUAUUUACAAAACAAAGAAAUAUCAUGUUUGGUUCAGGUCAUUGGACAAUUGUCAUUAACAAUGAUGUGAAACCAUUAUAUAAAAAACUAGAAUACAUGAAACAAUUAUUAAUUAUGUUACCACAAUACAAAACCGAAGAUAAGGAACAAUAUGGUUUUGUAAUUGAGAAAUUUUCAGUAGAUAUACAAUUUAUAAACGAAGGGAUACACAAUUAUAUUGAUGAUGUAAAUCAAAUUUUUAAUUUAUUACCGAAAAUUCGAAAUAAAAGAGGAUUAAUUAAUGCCGUUGGAUCCACCUUUAAAUUCUUAUUUGGAACAGCAACCAAUUAUGACAUUGACGAAAUAAAUUUGACUCUUAGCAACAUAAAUGAAACAACGAACGAAAUUCAACACUUACAACAGUCCCAAAUAACAAUAAUACAAAAUAUAAACAAAAAUGAGUACAUCAAUACAAUAAAAAUGAACGAAAUUAUAAAACACCUAAACGACGGGGCACUGAGUAUUGAAACAAUGAAAACAAUGAUAAUAAGCCUUAAUCAAGAUAUCAAAAUAAUUUCAUUCAUGAUUAGAACUGAAAAAGUUGUGAGGCUAAUAGAAAAUUUUUUACAGGAUGCAAAAUUAGAAUUAGACAAAAUAAAACAAGGUUUAAUAACUUCACUCUAUGGUAAACUAAGCCCAAAUUUAAUAUCUACCAAUAAAUUCGUAGAUAUUCUCACAGACAUAAAAAAUAAAAUGCCUCAAAAAUUAGAUAUGAUCAUUCCCGUGACAUCAAACAAUAUUCACGUUUACUAUCAAAUAGCAAUCCUUAACAGUUUCGCAGAUGACAAAAGUCUAAAAUUGGUUAUACAAAUCCCGAUUACAUCUAAUGAGGGAAACUUUGAACUAUAUUCAGUACAAGCAUUACCUAUAUUUAUGGGGGACUUAAAUAAAUGGGCCAAAUUAGACACAAUACAGGAUUAUUUAGCUAUAUCGGACGAUAGAAAAAGUUACUCAAUAAUCUCUCAAAAUCAACUCGAAAAUUGCAACAAACAAAUAGUCACAAUUUGUAAUCAUAGGGCCAUAAUAAAACGAGGGGAAUCUUGUGAAUACAAUGCAUUUUUAGGUCGAAAUACUUCAGGUUUUUGCAAUAAAUCGAUCAAUGAAUUAUUAGAAUCCGAAAUAUUUAUUCCCUCGGAUAAUGGAGUACACUUUAGUGUAAAAAGAGAGAUAGAUAAAAUAAAAAAAUGUUGGGUAAAAACUGGGCUAAAUAUUUACAAUUAUAAAAUAAAAGAAGCAGGGAUAUUACUUGACACAGAAAAUUGCGAAAUCUCUACGUCACUAGAGACAAUAAAAAUACUGCCAAGAGUACAGAAAUCAACCCAGGUAAAUAUUAACAUGAGCAUAAGUUUAAUAAAUAUUAGCACCAUUUUCAGCGACACAGAACUACUAAAAAUAAAAAAUUACAAACAAGAACUAAGAAGCUCAAUAUACAAACCCAUUGAAAACAUAAACAUAAAAGGAUCAGACUUCAUAGACGUUGACAAUAUGCUAACAACAAUGAGUAAAAACUAUAAUCAAAAAAAAAACAUAAUGUCAUAUAAUGAUUAUAUCAUAAUUGUACUAAUUAGCAUCAUAGCAAUCAUAAUAGUACUUUUAAUUGUAUUAUAUAAAAAAAUAAAAAAAUUGGUAA